AAUUACCACAAUUUUUUCGGUUUUGGAUAUCAGUUUGUUAAAAAAAAUUACACUCUUGGACAUUGCGCCUUUUUUAAAUAAAAUCCCUGAUUCAGUUAUUGAACGGAUUCUUGCGCCAAGUUAUGUUUACCUAAGUUGACAUAGGCUACUAAGCGUUGAAUGCGUCAAUUUUACUUUGCAUAAACCAUAGUUUAGGCAGCUGGGGCUGGAGAUGGGAGGGGGUGGUUUUGUUGUCAAUGGGAUGAGAAUGGGAGCCCAGCAUCGACUACCAGUGUUCGCAAAGUCACGCCUGCAGCCUGCGGAAGUUUGAGCGGGGAGCGCUUUCUCCCGAGACGGAGCUUGCCAUCACUGAAAUACGCGUUUGGAUAAGAGGACCUGGCUUUGUCCGCGUUAACAAGUCAUACGAUUAAGAGAACGACGUUUUGAAUGGUCUUCAAUGAUGGAAUCCACAGGCCACCUUCAUCUCUUCCUGAUGUUCCUGCUAUUACAAGUACAUACCAUCUCCUCGGUGCAGGAGAUCCAGACGGACCGUGAGACCAUCAUGAAGAUCAAUGCAGCAGGAGAUAUGAUGCAGUGUUCAGCACGCAUGGAUGUGCUGUUCCUGAUGGAUGGUUCGUACAGCGUGGGGAAGGGCAGUUUUGAGAGGUGCAAACACUACACCAUUAAGCUGACUCAGGCCCUGGACAUUGCUGCUGAUAAGGUGAGAGUGGGAGUCAUUCAGUUUGGCUCAACGACACGGCUGGAGAUCCCUCUGGAUGCCUACUCCACCAAAGAGGAGCUGAAGAAACACUUAAAGAAAAUCACAUACAGAGGAGGCAGCACUCAGACUGGGCUGGCUCUAAAGUACGUCCUGAGGAAGGGUUUCCCCUCCUCCGGCAACAGCACCAUCCCGCGCAUCCUCAUCCUCCUAUCAGACGGCCGCUCCCAGGGGGCCGUGCAGCUUGCUGCCACCGAGCUCAAGCAGACCGGCGUCACCCUGUUUGCCGUGGGCCUGCGCCACCCCCGCUGGGAUGAGCUGCAUGAGUUGGCCAGCGCGCCCACAGAGAGCCAUGUGUUCUUCGCUGAGCAUUUCCAGGAUGCGGUAAACGGCCUGUACACCUCUCUGGCCUCAUCUGAUGUCUGUGCGGCUGUCCCACCAGGCUGUUUUGUGGAGUCGUACGCCUGUGAGAGGAAGACUCUGGAGACGGUGAAGGAGCUGGUGGGCAACUUCAUGUGCUGGAAGGGUUCCAAAACCUCCACCGCAUACACGUCUUUCUGUCCUCACUACAAGUGGAGCAAGAAGUACAAAAGACACCCAACAGUCUGUCAUCGAACAAUAUGUCAGGAUCCCUGUGACUCGCAGCCGUGCCAGAAUGGCGGGACGUGUGUGUCUGAGGGUCUGGAAAAGUACCGCUGUGUGUGUCCCCCAGGCUACGGCAGUGACCCUCACUGUGCUCCGGCCUUGAAUCUGGACUGUUCCGUGGACGUCCUCUUCCUGGUGGAGGGCUCGGCCGCUCUCACUCUGGAGGGUUUCCUGCGCUUCAAGGCCUUCCUCAAGCGCUUCCUCCAGGCCACCAUGGCCUCCAGCUCCCCCACCAAGGUGGGCCUGGCCCAGUUCGGCGACUCCGUGAAGAUGGAGGCCCGUGUGGGCAAGCACCGCGACCUGCCGGGCCUGCUGGCCGCCGUGGAGGCCAUGAAGCCCGUCGGGGGCCCGGCGUUGACGGGCAAAGCGCUGACGCACGUCACCACGCACGGCUUCCAGAGCACGACGGUGUUCGCCGACGUCUUCGACGACCUGCCCCGGGUGGUGGUGCUCCUGAGCGCGACGGCCUCCGGCGACCUGGUGGUGGAGCCGGCUAAGUACGCCCGCGACCGCGAGGUGUUCCUGAUCGCGGUGGGGCCCGAGGCGCUCAAAGUGCAGAUGAACAACAUCACGGCCAACCCCCAGCGCACGAUCACCUACCAGACGCCCGACAAGCUGCCCGGCAAGAUCCCCGAGCUCAGGACCAAGAUCUGCAGCGUGGACAACCAAGGGUGUUUGGGUCAGGCUGUGGACCUGGUCUUUGUUCUGGACGGCUCGGAUGGUGUAGGUCGGGAUAACUUUGUCCACCUGACGGAUUUCGUCCGCAGCACCUCGGUCCAGUUUGACAUCAAUCGUGACGUGGCACAGGUAGGGUUGGUGGUGUACGGCCGGCAGCCCGUCACCGUCUUCGAGCUGGACACGCACGACUCCGGCUCAGCCAUCCUGCGGGCGGUGAAACAGGCCUCCUUCCAGGGUGGGGCGGCCUCCACGGGCUCGGCCCUGCUGCACGUGCUGGCCAACAGCCUGACGGUUGGGCGCGGCGCCCGGCCAGGCGUCAACAAGGCCGUGGUGGUGCUGACGGACGGCUCGGGCGCCGAGGACGCGGCGGUGCCCGCCCGCAAGCUGCGCGACAACGGCGUGGCGGUGUUCGCCGUGGGCAUCGGCGACGUGCAGACCGAGAGCCUGCUGAAGAUCACGGGCCGCGUGGAGCACAUGGUCACCGUGCCUUUCUACGAGGACCUCAAGUACUUCGAAGACGUGCUGGUGCAGAUGGUGUGCGCCGAGGUGAAGAAGCCGGUGGAGCUGUGUAGGCCCAGCCCCUGCAUGAAUGAUGGCGUGUGUGAGCUGGUACAGAGGGGCUUCCGCUGCGACUGCCGUGGAGGCUGGGAGGGACCGCACUGCGAGACACGCAGCAGAAAGCGGAUAGCUAACAGAGGGGAUCAGCCCAAGCCAGCAGGCAUGAGGCGCAAGGAGAAAAAGAAGAGCCAGAAGGAGCUGAAACAGCGCUACAGGGAUCUCCGCAGGAGACACGCAGUCAGACGCCAGUGAUGGGACACAGACACACACACACACACACACACACACACACACAGACAGACACACAGAC